AUGUCAGAUGACAAGAACGAACGCCUUCUAGGAGGGCCACCUUAUCUUUCACAUCUUUUAACUAACCCUGAAAACCCAGUUGUUUUUAUGGACAUUUCAUUAGGAUCGCAAUUUUUAGGAAGACUUAAAAUAGAACUUUUCGCAGACAAGGUCCCGAAAACCUGUGAAAACUUUAGAAAGUUCUGCACAGGCGAACACAAACAGAACAUGGUUCCAGUUGGAUACAAGGGAACAAAAUUUUCAAAGGUUAUUAAAGACUAUAUGGUACAGGUACCGAUGAUAAUAUGUAUAGAAUGUUUACAGGGUGGAGAUUUUGUGAAAGGGGAUGGCACAGGGUGUAUUUCUAUAUACGGGUCCUGUUUUGACGACGAAAAUUUCACUGUAAAACACGACAAACUGGGAGUUGUUAGCAUGAGUAACACGGGACCUAACACUAAUGGGUGCCAGUUCUUUUUUAUAACCAAGGAGUGCGACUGGCUUGACGGGAAAAACGUGGCUUUUGGAACCCUAAUAGACGACGAGUCGAGGCUUGUAUUGCAAAAAAUGCAAAACGUGUCAGUGGGCGAAAACUACGCCCCUAAACUCAAUUUAUUAGUAACUGAAUGCGGCCAGCUGUAA